CCGGAAGAGUCCGUAGCUAGCAGAAACAUGGCGAACGUAGCGGUUGCUGCAGCUGCGGCAGCAGCGGCGGGUAGAGAUCCUGCUGUGGAUAGAUCUUUACGAUCUGUUUUUGUUGGGAAUAUUCCAUAUGAAGCAACAGAAGAGCAGCUGAAGGACAUUUUUUCAGAAGUUGGCCUGGUGGUCAGUUUUAGGUUGGUAUAUGACAGAGAAACAGGUAAACCUAAAGGAUAUGGGUUCUGUGAAUAUCAAGACCAAGAGACAGCACUCAGUGCAAUGCGCAACUUGAAUGGUCGAGAAUUCAGUGGUAGAGCUCUACGAGUGGACAAUGCCGCCAGUGAGAAAAACAAAGAAGAGUUAAAGAGUUUGGGAACUGGUGCACCAGUUAUCGAGUCACCAUAUGGGGAGCCUUGUCAACCUGAAGAAGCUCCAGAGUCGAUAAGUCGUGCUGUCGCCAGCUUGCCACCGGAGCAAAUGUUUGAACUCAUGAAGCAAAUGAAGCUGUGUGUACAGAAUAGCCCCCAAGAAGCUAGGAAUAUGCUCCUUCAGAAUCCACAACUAGCAUAUGCCUUGCUGCAAGCACAGGUGGUGAUGAGGAUUGUUGAUCCUGAAAUCGCUCUGAAAAUGCUUCAUUGCCAAACAAACAUUCAGCCCCUGAUUCCUAAUGCUCAGACUGUAACUGUUCCAGGCCCGCAACCUCUCACUCAGCCAAAUCCUCCCGUGUCACAGGCUCAGCCAAUGGCUGGAAUGCACAUGAAUGGUGCCCCUCAAAUGAUACAACCUCCACAGAUGGUUGCAGGACCAGUCCCUGUUGGGCCAGGAGAUAUGUGUUUUGAAGGUGCUAUGCAACCACAGAUUGUUAUUCCUCAAGGCACAAUACCUAUGGACAGAGGGCAAGGUAAAGUGUCUUCUGUUGUAAAACCAUGUAUUUAUAUGUAUACUUAUACAAUAAUAGUAAGUACUUCAGAAACUCUAAUCUGCCUUACUUUAGCAGUUGAAAAUGAAAGGUAGCAAUAAAACAUAUUAGUUCGUAUAACUGAUUCAUACAUUACCAUUGAGUUAUAUUGUUUUUAUUUAUU